AGCCACAGUCAUCACAUGCCGUAGCCCGACAAUGCUGUAAACUCUCAACUGACGUGACAGCGGGAUUAAUUCGGGAUCGCCGAGGCGCCAAGUAUCGAAGUUGGCCGAAGGCGUUGACGUCGUCGUGCAUCGCCGUUGACAGCUCAUGUCUACGUCUGCGCGACCUUCUGAAGCGUCGUCGGAAAGCGCCGUGUGGUUAGGUGAUUGAGCGAUGAGUGAAGCACCAGUGACAACGCCAGUGGCAACACCAGUGACAACACCAGUGACAACACCAACCACGAGCAGUGCACCAACAAAGCCAUCCGGCAAUGGCACCACCGCGGGCGCGCCAAAGAAACAGCGGGCGCAAAACUUCUGCUACGCACCGCGCUGUCGCACAGGUCAGAAAGGCGCGCCGCGGUUCUCCAUGUUCACGGCGCCCAAGGACCCAAAAGUGAGGAAGAUAUGGCAGUACAACCUGCGCCGGCUCGACAAACCGCUCACCCAGUACUCGUCGGUCUGCGAGCGGCACUUCGACCCUCGUUUCAUCGUGCGCGACUACGUGCACAUCAUAAACGGCGCCGAAGUGCGGAUACCCCGGGGCAAGCCGAAGCUCGCCGAAGGUGCCAUUCCCACGCUGCUUCCCGACCUGCCCGGGUACCUCUCGAAGAAGCUGCCCAAGCAAAGGCCGACCAAGGGCAGGCGUCAGUCGGAGCCCAUAUUCAAGACGAUUCUCCCGUCGCCGCCGCCACCGCCUGCGAAGAAAAAGAAGCAGCUUCAACAAGAGCUCGGCGAUCAAGCCGAGGACUCGUGUCAGGACAGCAGAUGUGACACUCCGUGCUUCGAAAACGCGGACACUACCGAUACCGGUAAUCAAACGGUUAAGGAGGCUCGGCCAGCCCCCCAUACCGGUAGUCAAACGGUUAAGGAGGCUCGGCCAGCCCCCAAUACCGGUAAUCAAACUGUUAAGGAGGCUCGGCCAGCCCCCGAACCUCCGCUGACGAUAGAACGCCUCAGGAAGGAAACCGUCGAGCUGCCUUCGCCGACGUGGUGCCUCCUCGGAACUCGAGACCCGUGCAGGGUGGUGUUCGCGACGACUGUCGUGAGAAAGGUUGCGCCGGAUUCGCUCGACGUGACGCACCCGAAGCUGGUCAGCUUUUCGACGAGCUCCGACGGGCCGGAGAUCGUGGCCGAGGCGUACUUCCAGGGUGCCCUGUGCUGCAAGGCGAUCGUCACGACGCUGGAAGAGGCGAAGGUGAUCCUGCAGGACGCGAACGCGACGCACAUGUGCAAGGGGGCGAUGACCCCGAGCGAGUUCGAGGAGUGCUCCCGCGGCAUCACCGUACAGCUUCUGCUGAAGAUCGGCAAGAACGAUGAGGGCACCGUGUUCAGCUUGGACUGCACGAGAAACGUUGAUGCGGAAGGAACCGCGUGUGUGCCCUGCAAGGUGCUGCGAAAAACUCUGCAAAGCAGGAAGUCCAGAGUGCUCAAACAACUGAUGAAGGAGUGCCUUGACGACGGAGAGCCAGGCAGCCCGCAGCAACAGCAGAUGCAGGAGAGCGCCGUCAGCUCCCCCGCUCCAGAGGAACUGAGAAACGGCUCGUAGUAACGAGCGCUUCAACUCUCACCCAGCAUAGGGGUCCAUACGAGUGUUCACUGGAGGGUUCCUAGUGUUUGCUGGAGCUACCACUACGGUGGUUCGUGUUAAAGGACUCUGUACAGCAUGUCCAUGGCCUGUAAUAGUUGGGUUUCUUGGUCAUCCUUGUGGCAUGGUUCACGACUGAAGUAGCACUAUACAGGGUGUUUCAUUUUAGCUGCACCAAAUCUUUAAAAAUAGCCUGGUGGCAGAUAGCAGAAUUAUAAUCCUUGAUCUAAACUACGUGAUGAGGCGGCCAUUACUUCCACGAGAAAUCAAAACGCCUAAUUGAUUAAUUAGCAUAAUUACGCUAAUUAACAUUUUAAUUAAUAAUUUUAUGGCCCAUCUUUCAAUCUACGAAUUAUAGCCGCUGAGUUCGCAAGGCGUAUCCACUUGGAACGAAUUCUCAGGACUGAACCAGUUUCGAGAUAAUAAUUUUCAAAGUGUCCGACGAAAUGCAUGGGCGUUCCAGUUAACUUUGUGCUUCAAUGCAUAAAACAGCGUUUUCCUCAAAAAGUUAACUGGAACGCCCAUACAUUUCGUCGGACACGUUAAAAAUUAAUAUCUAGAAACUGGUUCAGUCCUGAGAAUUCGUUCCAAGUGGAUACGCCUUGCCAACUCAGCGGCUAUAAUUCGUAGAUUGAAAGAUGUGCCAUAAAAUGAUAAUUAAAAAGUUAACUAGCGUAAUUAUGCUAAUUAAUCAAUUAGGCAUUUUGAUUUCUCGUGGAAGUAAUGGCCACCUCAUCGAGUAGUUUAGAUCAAGGAUUAUAAUUGUGCUAUCUGCCACAGGCAAUUUUUAAAAAUUUGGUGCAGCUAAAAUGAAACACCCUGUAGGUGAACUAAGUGCGUGACAUCGUCCUGACGUUGAAACCACGCUGGUAGUUUGCUCUGCUGCUAGGGCUGCAAUUUCGAAGCUGUUCUUUUGUCAUGGAUUUCUUACGUGGCAGUUUAACCUAAACCUCGGAGUAUGACCGUUGAUCCGCCUUCCAAGCUCCUCACAGAACAAAUUCUCUGAAGGCCAAGAACACCACUGAUGCCUGAUUACGCAACAGACUGGAUUGCCAAUUCACUUCACAGACAUGUUUGACUUGACUCAGUGCUUCUUCAGGCAUGAUCUGCUGCAGUUCAGCCAGUCAUGCAUAUCUAGCUUUAGUACUCUCCAUGCAUUAGAUUGCCAUUUAUUAAAGCGUAGGAACCUUCUUGACAAAUUGAAUUGCUUCUGAAUUAUCAAAGGUUUUGUCUUUAGACCAGGAAAACUAGAAAAAUUAUAGAAUGGUAACAGAAGACAGAAACACAUCUUUAAGCCAAGCCCAGAGACAAGUCAAGCAAAAUCUUGCCUUCUGCUUGUUGUUCACAUAAUGGUUGAGCUACUGCGUCACCAGGAUACCCUCCCGUAACAUCUGCGUGAACUCUAUGCUUGCUAUUGUUAGCCCACCAGGGCUCUCAUCGACAGCAUCUUACAAAGACCAUCAUUGUCAUGUUUUUCUUUUUAACAAACACAGUCAAUACAAUAAAAGUAAUGUUUGGAAA